GCGGACCUGCUUGCCAAUUGCACUGCACAGCUCAGGAGCCCCUGACAGUGCCCGUGCCUGGCUGUGUGAUCGCUGCCUGGCGUCUCUGCCGCUCCGCUGGAUGUUUGCGCAGAGGACACCUGCCUCCGCCGCCGACUGCACCGUCCCCCGCGGCAAGAACCCAGCCUCCUUUACACCUCUUUAACUUUUGCAACGUGUGACUAUCUCUUCUUCUUGUUGUUUCCGCGGGCACCUGUUCCAACACUAUGCUUGCAUCGGGUGAAAAAGCCCUGUAGAGCCGGGCGUUUGACUCCCAACUUGGCACUUGAUGGAUAUUUGUGACAGCUGUGGAAAGUUGCCCUGCGUCGGGGAGCAUGGGCGCAAACUUUAAAAGCUUCUCUGUAUAAUCAAGAGACAGUGGGUUUUUUUUGUUGUUUUUUUUUUUAAACAAUGAAGGCAGGUGAGUCACCCCUCGCGUGAGAGGCGCGCAAAGCUCCGGGGCUCUCCAGGUACUGGAAAAAGGAAAGGCGACACGGAAGAAGUCGUGAUCUGUGCGGCGGAUUGCGCCACGGAGGACGGAGGGAACGGACCGAUGAGACAACAUGGGUCCAUUGCUGUGUGAUGGACGACUGACACACCUCCUCUUUCCUCUCCUUCUCCUCCUACGGGCUCCCCUGCUGUUCAGCUUUGGUGAGCGCACCUGUCCCAAUAGCUGCCGAUGUGAGGGGAAAACUGUCCAUUGUGAUUCGGCUGGCUUCUUAGAUGUCCCAGAAAACAUCUCAGUAGGCUGCCAAGGCCUCUCCCUGCGCUACAAUGAUCUGCACACCCUGCUACCGUAUCAAUUUGCUCACCUCAGCCAGCUUCUCUGGAUAUACUUGGACCAUAAUCAGAUUUCAGCUGUUGACAGUCGAGCAUUCCAGGGCGUCCGCAGGCUUAAAGAGCUGAUACUGAGCUCCAACAGGAUCACAUCCCUGCACAAUUCAACAUUCCAUGGAAUUCCCAAUCUUCGCAGUCUGGACUUGUCCUACAAUAAAUUGGAAAUCCUGCAGCCGGGGCAAUUCCAUGGCUUACGGAAACUGCAGAACCUACACCUUCGCUCAAAUGGUCUCUCCAACAUCCCGAUCCGAGCAUUCCUGGAGUGCCGAAGUUUGGAGUUUUUGGAUUUGGGCUACAAUCGAAUCAAGGCUCUUACCCGCACCACCUUUCUGGGGCUGCAGAAGCUGAUGGAGUUGCAUCUGGAGCACAACCAGUUCUCACGGAUCAACUUUUUCCUGUUUCCACGCUUAGCCAAUCUGAGAUCACUCUAUUUGCAAUGGAACCGCAUUAAGGUGGUUAACCAGGGCCUCCCGUGGACUUGGUAUACACUGCAGAAACUUGACCUGUCUGGAAAUGAAAUCCAGACCCUGGACCCUGCUGUGUUUCACUGCUUGCCCAACCUUCAAGUCCUCAACCUGGAGUCCAACAAACUGUCCAAUGUGUCUCAGGAGGCAGUGUCGGCGUGGAUCUCACUGACCUCCAUCAGCCUGGCUGGAAACAUGUGGGACUGUGGAACUGGCAUAUGCCCACUUGUAGCUUGGUUGAGGAAUUUUCGGGGUAGUAAGGACACCACUAUGAUAUGCAGCAGCCCAAAGUAUCUGCAGGGAGAAAAAAUUAUGGAAGCCACAAGGAGCCAUGGUAUUUGUGAGGAAACUGAUUAUGUUCUGACAGAAACACCCUCACCAAUGUCAGAGCUCAUUUCUGAAGCCACCGGUGAACCAACCUUUGCCCCCACUAGCGGCUCUCCACCUUUGCCACCAGCCAACACCUUUGGUCCUGUCCCGCCUUUCAGACCUCGACCGAUUCCUCACCCUACCUUCCCAGGGCAUAUGAGCAAAGACCCAAGAGACUCGAUUCCUCGCGUACGACCCACUCUCCCACCACCCCCAGAGCUGGAGCACAUGACUCUGCACAAAGUGGUGGUGGGCAGCGUGGCACUCUUCUUCACCAUGUCCCUAAUCUUGACAAUUAUCUAUGUGUUGUGGCGGCGCUAUCCCGGUGCAACCAGGUUGCUGCAGCAGCGAUCCAUGGUGGGGCGGAAGCGUCGCAAAAAGAGUCCUGAGCCGGAGCAGAACCUGAGCUCCCAGCUCCAAGAGUAUUACAUGAGCUACAACCCUGCUGCCACACCAGAGGCAUUGGAGGUGCUAGGCAAUGGCACUGGUUCCUGCACAUGCACAAUUUCUGGCGCCAGGGAGUGUGAGAGUGUCUUGCCUCCGGCGUCUCCCCCGUGGCGUGCCCGCUCAGCUCAAAGGCCUCACCAGCUCUCCCUCCAGAAUGAGUAUACAUGCCCACGCCCCCUACCUGGUGCCUGGUUGGGAGAUGUGCCUACCAUCCAUUAACCCCUAAAAGGAACUGCUUUGGUUGGCGCAGCAAACCACACUGACACAGGGAUACAGGAGAGAGACAUAUGCAGAGAACCCAUCAGGAUCCUACUCUCAUUCUUCAGAUUCAUUUUCAAAUUGUCCUCCACGCUAACAAGGGCAACCACUGACCAAGACAUAGAGGAAAUAACACUGUCUUUUUCUUUCUUAAGAUUUUAUAAUGUCUUUUUUGUGGCCUGUGGUCUUUGGUCAUCAGCUUUGCUGCAUUCCAUCAUGCUCCAUCACUACACGGACACUGACACAGACGGUUGUGGGAAUGCAGGCCUUGGACAAAGACUCGUGAGCACUAAUGGAUGGUUAUAACCAACACGGGAGCUUAUUGUAUAGACUAUAAACCCUAUUGUCUCCAUGAGGACAACGUGGCAUUGUUUUAAACACAGGCGAUGAGACUGUACAAAUCCAAGAGGCUUUAAAAAAGUGUAAACUGAGCAAUGAAUCCUUAAAGAAAAUGCACUGAACAAGUGGCUCCGACCGCUCUGCUAACAACAGCUGUGUAUAAUUUAAAGUGAUUUUUGAUUCCAUAUGAAGCAUCAUGUUAUCACCUUUCAAUAUAUAUAUAUAUUUUUUAAGGAAGACUAAUCAAAGGCUCGGAUGGUGUAAAUGUGCCUCACUGGAGCAGAAACAUUAUGAAAGGAGUUUCUGUGCACCCAACUGUACCGAGGAAUCCGCUCCAUCAGGUGGAAAUCAAGUCAGCAGCCGGAGGAUUGUUUGAAGCCUGCGAAAAAGUUGCCAGAGGAAAAAGAAAGCUAUCCCCCCCAGCCAAUGACCUUUGGUGAAGUUUUUUUUUGUUUGAUUGUUUGUUUGCCUUUUUUUUUUUUUUUUUUUUUUUUUUUUAAAAAAGCCCGUUUUUCUAAGUUGUUUCUAAUUGCAAUCAAACCUCGACUAUCCAGUUUGAUUUGGAGGACAGUAAGGGCAAUCAGACGCAAAAGAGGGAAAAAAGAAAAAGCUCUUAUCAAGGGUGAAAUGUAAUUUUCUGAAAUUAUAAUGUUGUUAAUGUUGUAGUUUAUGAAUAUGUGUUUCUGCCAUCUUCAACACCAAAUACCAAAGAGCCAAAUGGAGCGAGUUUUUUUUUUGGCUCUCCCAACCAUGAGUUGUAACAGAUCCAGGAUUUGCUCUCUUAAAAGAAAUCCAUGGAAAAAUCAAAAGACGCCUCAACCUCCCUCUCAUCCAGCAGUGCUCCAUUAUCCAAUUGGCUUUUCUUUUUUCUUUUUAUUUUAAAUGUGUGUAAUGUGUACGUCUUUGUGAACAACCGAUCUUGAAAGAUAACUCCGAGCACUGCUCACAUUUUAUGACUUACGUUGAAUACAUGCUUCACUUUCCUUAAAAUGAUCAACCCGUCUCUCCCCCCUCGAAGAGACUGCAGAUGUUGCUGUGUGUGUUUCAUCCGUUUUGAGUUCUGAAUUAUAUCUGAGACGCAUUGAGUUGUGGAUUGUUUGUUUCAACCUUCAGACAUAAUCUUUCUACACCAGAAAAUGAUCAUUUUCUAUUGUAAAUUUCUGCUUUCCCCCCCUUGAAUUUGUUGAUAUUUAGUAAGCAGCUGUAUUCUUUGUUCACUUUCAACAGUAUGUUUUUUAAUGAAAAUAAUGACUUUAUUGGUGAGCAAUAU